AUGAUGGAGACAGACAGGGAGGGGCAGGCAUCCAAUAACUGGAAGUUUGCGGCAAUGGUUGUGGACAGGCUGUGCCUCUACGUCUUCACGAUGUUCAUCUUGGCGUCAACCAUCGGAAUCUUCUCCUCGGCUCCAUAUCUUGUCGCCUAG